AAGCAUUAGAAGGAGGUGGACAAAACACUCCAUAUGAUGAGAGGAGAAAAGGAAAGUGAGACACCAAAGAAGAUGGAAGGAAGGAUGGGCAAACAGGAAGAGAUGGUGCAUAGGUAGACAAAAUUUAGGCGUGUCUGUUCCCUCUCUUGGUAGUUUCCAUUCAUGCAGUUGCAGCAGAGUUCAGGGAGGGGCAGGUCCUUCGCUUAGUUUGUUGCAUACACUCCUCACAUGUAUGCACGUGCAUCUACAAACCCAGUUGUUUGUGCUGAGCAGAGGGAAAGAGUCCCCCCUCCCCUUGUAACUCUGAGGGUAGAGGGGCAGCAGCGGAUUGGGACUCCACACACAUGGACCUCACACGCACGAGGAGCGGCACAUGUGUUUUAGGGCAGACAAACAUUGGAGGGAUGCGCCAUGAAGUCUCAACAGAAGUGCAUUGUGAUCUUCGCCUUGGUGUGCUGCUUCGCCGUGCUGGUGGCUUUGAUUUUCUCAGCAGUCGAUAUUUGGGGCGAAGAUGAGGAUGGAAUCACAGAGGAGAACUGCAGCAGGGACUGCAGUGUAGUGCUGGUGGAGAACAUUCCAGAGGACAUCUCUUUCUUAGACAAUAGCACAUCACACCUCCCUCUUUCAGUUGGCCUCCACCACCUACUGGAUCAAGCCGUGCGAGUUGUGGAGAUCGUUUCCCCAGACUGGCUUCUUAACUGCUCUGAGAAUGAAUCCAGCUUCCACCCUUCUGCAAAACAGGGCAUGGCUUUGCUGUCAAAGCUGCAGGAGCUGAAAACCAAAAGAAUCCAGCUGAGGAUAUCUAGUGGGCUUAGCAAGUCGACUGAGCUGGACACACUCGUCAAACAUGAUGCUGAGGUUCACUAUGUGAACAUGACAGCACUGACCAAAGGAAACCUCAGCUCAUCCUUUUGGGUGGUUGACCGGACACAUUUCUACAUUGGGAGUGCCAGCAUGGACUGGAGAUCUCUGGCAACAAGAAAGGAGCUUGGUGUGUUGGUAUACAAUUGCAGCUGUCUUGCUCUGGAUCUGCACAAAUUGUUCAGCCUUUACUGGGGACUGGAGUAUAAGGAGUUCAUCCCUUCCUUCUGGUCCAAGCGUCUCUUCGCUCUCUUCAAUAGAAACGCUCCACUGAAUCUGACACUGAACAAAACAAAAAUGACAGCUUACAUUUCUAGCUCCCCAGAUGUCUUCAUCCCUAAAGAUCGUAGUAGUGAUCUUGAAGCCAUUUCCAGGGUCAUCCAGGAAGCACGUCGUUUCAUAUACAUCUCCAUCACUGAUUACCUUCCUCUCAAUGCCGACAACGCUCAAAGGUACUGGUCUCGUAUUGACGGUCUCAUAAGAGAGGCUCUGAUCUUGAGGAGGGUGCGCAUCCGCAUUCUGAUAAGUUGCUGGGAAAAAACGCAUCCACUUACAAUGAACUUCAUCUGGUCCCUGAAGAGUCUGUGCAUGGAGCAGGCCAACUGCUCGCUGGAGGCAAAGUUUUUUAAUCCCAGAGUCCAAAGGGAUGACAGUCUGGAAGGAAUAAACCACAACAGAUUUAUGGUGACAGAGAGAGCUAUUUAUUUAGGUAACCUUGACUGGGUGGGGAAAGAGUUCACCUUUAAUGCAGGAGCCGGCCUUGUGAUCAGCCACCCAGAAGACGUAGAGGAGAGAAACGUUACUGUUGUGGAGCAGUUACAGGCUGUUUUUGAGCGGGACUGGUUUUCAAGUCACACCCAUCCUGUUCAGAUGGGUAAAAUAGACACCACUGUUUGCAAUAGACACCAUGUCAAGUGGCCGGCCAAAGCCAGCCACUUAAACAAUGGACCAGUGCCUUUCAGGAAAAGCCAGUAUGAAAGUAAACCUGCACCGAUGAGAACCCAUCACAGAACCGAUGGAGAAACAGAGGAAAAAACAAGACACCACGGGAUCAGACCAAAAAAUACAAAUCAACAUAAGGUUGCCAAUGGACAGUUGUUAGCUACAGACAGUUACCAAAACAAGCCUCGAGUUAAAGUGAUUGAUGAAAGACACCUACAAAGGAAGGAAAAUAAACCAGACAAUCCAACAGAUCCAACCAGCCAAUCAGCUGAGAGCAGUGGCUUCAGAGAGAUGUCCAGUGGCUCUCAGUGACUUUCAGUCAGCUCUUUUGGAGAACUGCCUCCAGUUUUUAUUGGACAUAUAACACUGGAAUGUUUUGGUAUUUAUUCUUGUUUUGUUUUUAGCACUCAAACACAUUGAUAAUUAGGUAGUCUGAAAGGUUUCAAGCGAUGUGGAACUGGGGAAAUGAUGGAAAUCUGACUUUACAAAUAGGAACAAACAAAAAGUGAUUUUCAGGACUGAUUUUUAUGCUCACUGUAUCUAAUGAGCGUACCUAUUUAUUGCUUUCUCUGAUGUUGUAUGUCUCUAUCAAAAAAUCUAUUUUGAUUUUAUGAAUUUCUUGACUUUUAUAUUUUUCCUAGCAUAUGUGGCAGUUAUAAUUGAUCAGCUUUUCAACAGCAUGUGUAGCUACAUAAACCAACAACCAGCAUUCUCUUUUAUGUCUGAAGCAGAGGAAAUGUUAUAAUGUCACUUCUGUUAUUGUCCAUCUGUUGUUUCUAUGCCUUACGUAGAAUCAUUUUCUCUUUUUUGCCUUUCUACUGCUCCCCUUAGCAAAUAACCCUUCAUGCAUAUUAAAACAACAAUUCAAAUUAAGAUUCUAUAUCAUAUAUUGAUAUAAUUUUCUUCACCUCCAAUAUCAUUUUUUUUUAAAUAUCUGAACUGUAUGUUUAGUAUGUUUCAUUGAAUCCAAUUUAUGGACCCUUAUGUGGCCCAGGAAAAGCCAUUUAAUUAAUUCUUGACUGUUGGCUUUGAUCUUUAGAUAAAAACAACUCAUAACUCAUCUCAUUAAUGAUGAUCUGAUGUUGAAUAGUGGGCUCUCUAGAGCCACUUACACAAUCAAUAACUGUGAUGUUCAAAUCUCAUUACCACAAGUACAUAAAGUACUUGGGAAUAAUGCAUUAUAGAAUUGUGUACAUCAAUUAUUUUUGUUUUCAUUCUUUAAAGGCUGUCAUUGAGUUAGAUGAUGCAGCUGUACAUACUGUGACGCAACACUUGAGCUGGUUCUACAGAAAAACUAUUGCUUUGACUUCUUUAGAGUCGAUAGAUCUAAAACCAUUUUUUUACCUUUUGGAAGCUUCACAAAUUAAAAUUGAUGAAUGAGGACAUUUUUAUUACAAAUAGUAGCUUUUUGUCUUUACAAGAUCACUUUUUCUUUGUUUUUUAAUAAUUCACCCUAGUGGGAUUUUAUGCAGUUUAAUGACCACAAAUGCUAAAGGAGCAGUAAUAAAAAAUAAGGCCAGAGGCUGUCUGAUCUCAGUCAAAUCAAUGCAAUGAAUUUUUAACAGAGCUCAACAGUUGCAGGAGCUACAUUUUAACCUCAAGGACACAUUGGUCUGUAAAGCCUGAGUCUAGAAUUGAUUCCUUUAGCAGAAUUGGAUGUAAACAUGUGGGAUCAUGAGAAAUGAGUAAGCUCAUAACACUUGACAGAAAUCUUGUAUCAAUUUAAAUGUGCACAUUAAAUGCCAGCAUGUAGCCUGCCUUACACAAGUUUUUAAAACAGUGCUUGUAGUGUUUUUAAUGGUUGUAGAGCAUGUAUUUACUUUUUUUUUUGCUAUCUAAGCCUUUGAUCAAGCAAACAUGAGCCCCCUCCCAGUGAAACCUAAAUAGUAGUCUCUCAAUACAUGUUUUAGUUGUCAUAGUUUGUAUUUUGUAUGCUAAAGUAACACAUGUAAUGAAAGCUUUGUUGUCCUUAGUGAAACGGAUCGAAUUCCUUUAACUCAUGGUAGAACACCAAGCUGACUUUGCCCCCAACAGAAUGCAGUGUGACAAAAUAUUUAUUUUACUUACAUUCCUAUUAUUUUAUUGUACUUAAAGAUUUUCCUGAUUUUUAAUAUAAAAUAAUGUAAAACUUAUGGACCUGCUUUGGCUUGAAUAUGUUGAAAAUGCCUAUUUAUUUUAGCUACAUUCGUUGGUUUUUAUUCUCUUCAGUGUUUUCAUUAAUAUAUUAUUGAAUCUCAACAAAGAUGAUUGUAUGUUUACAAGCAGGAAAGAUUAUGGCACUGAGGCAAUAAUCGAUUAUUUAAUGGGAGGAAAUCCAGUCCCGGUUUAUCAGAGCGUUUUUGUAAAAGCUGCGCAUACCUGUUCUGUUUACGCUUCAGGUCACGUUGGAGCUUCUCUACAGAUGUGUACAGAUAAAAUUUCUCAUGCAAAGUCACAAAUACUAACAAAGAAUACAGAACAACUGUGAUCUGCCAAAACAGCUCAGUAAGUCUAGCCUUUUCCACGUGGAUAACUUCUGCCAUCUAGUGGAAUUCAUGAACUAAACCCUCUUUGCUUUUAUUCUGUACACUGGUGUGCUAUUCAGUCACAGGGCUGAUAUACACUGCACAUCACCGGGUCUGAAGGAGUGAAUCUACUAAGAUUUUUACCAAAACUAUGCUGUCACCUUCUAUUAAAUAUUUACAAAUUGUCAAACAAAAAAAGUAGUUAUUUAGUGAUAACAUGCAAAACAGACUAAUUCUGUUGUCUGCAUACAGUAAGAUUCAAUUUCUUUUUGUGUAAAGCACAAUAUCACAACUGCAUUGAAUAGUUUUAAAUCUGGUCUGGAGUCAGAUUCACAUUAUAAUGCUGCUUCUAUCACUUGAUUGGUUGGAAAUUUGCUUUUAAUACACAAUUGCUCACAAUUCUUAUGUAAUAUAUUUGUUAAUAAAUAAAAGAUACUAAAUAAAACAGGUUUUCAUCUAAGGAGUAGGAAAAAUCUAAUGAAGUUUACAACUUGUUGAGUACAAUUCUUUCUAAAUACUUUUAAAUGCUUUCAGUUAAAUAAAAUAUUGAGGGUAAAAAGUCAACCAGUUUGUGCAGAACCUCUGUGAAACCUAUGUUUCAUUAAGUCACAGCUCUCUUUUUCUUUUCAGACGCAGCUGAUGUAGGACGCACUAAAUGGCUUAUUUCACUGUUAAAGCUCUUUGAUGUCGCCAACCUUUACUCUGGAGAUUUUUUGGCAUGACUGCUGCUUGCAUGCCUUCCCUUUAUAAACUGGGUACGUUUGCUGAUAGCCUUUCUUGAAAUGCAAAUAUAGCCAAGUCUUGUAUACCUUUAACAAAACAGAAGGAAUGUACAUUUAUUGCAUAUCCUUGUUAAUGCACACUACUGAUAAUCCAAUCAUUUGAUUUUUACUCUUAAUAAAAAAAAAUGCAUCUUA